AAGCUGUUUCCAUGGUAAUCAAACAUGGCGCCUGGAAACCAAGCAAUCCUGUCGUCCACUCCUCUGCAGCUCCUCUUCUUCCUCAACAGCUGGUACUUUGCUGCUUUUUACGUGGCAGAGAUUCUCAUGUUCAUAUAUAAAGGGAUCAUGCUGCCGUACCCGUCACAGAACCUGGUUCUGGACGUGGUUCUGCUGGUCCUCUUUGUCGCUCUGGAGACACUCAGGAUCUUUUACGGUUGGAAGGGGAACCUGUGCGAGCGUUCCCUGGCGUCGUGUGCGUCCGUCUUCGUCCUCCUCCCGUGUGCGGCGCUGGCCGUUUACUUCCUGCUGCUGCAGACCUUCGUGCUGAGACUGGAGUUCAUCCUCAGCGCCGUCCUGCUCUGCUUCUACGGCUUGGAGCUGCUGCUGGGACUCCUGUCCAUAUCGUCCUUCUCCAGAGCUAAAGUUUACUGAAGACAGAGGACAUCACAGAGGACGAGGGACUGUCUGCUGUUUGUUCUGUUCAUGUAAAUAAAGUUUUUUUUGUAAAUGCAAAAAC